AGUGAAAAAGCUUCAUCAUCAGAAUCCCAGGACCCCUUCAACACAUUUUUACUUGGAUCGUAAGCAGGAGGAGAUCACAUACACCGCAAAGCUCUAGACCCUUACCAUUUCGGCCCGGCCAUGGCGCUUUCUGCGGCGAGGCACCGCCGGCCAUCGGCGGCGGAGGGAUCAUCUCGGACCUCCGAUCAGUACUCGAAGGAUGAUAAGCGGGAGAAGAAGGGCUCCGACAACGAGGAGAAGGGCCUUGGGUGGGCGGUGCCGCUGAUGGCUCUCGGCUUUCUUCGGUACAUGAGUGCGACUUCGAACAUCAUUCAUGAUUGCGAUGAGGUGUUCAACUACUGGGAACCUCUCCAUUACCUUCUCUACAAAUCAGGGUUCCAGACCUGGGAAUACAGCUCUGAGUUUGCUCUCCGGUCAUAUUUAUAUAUUUUUCUUCAUGCGGUAGUUGGUGGACCUGCAUCUUGGUUCUUCAGUGAGGAAAAGGUUCGAGUAUUCUACAUAAUAAGAGUCUUUCUUGGUGUCAUCUCAACGGUUACAGAAGCACUGUUAGUAAUUGCUCUUUCGAGGAAAUAUGGAAAACGGCUGGCUUCUUACACACUUGCAAUGCUCUGUCUAACCAGUGGUUGUUUCUUUGCAAGCACAAGUUUUCUGCCCAGUACCUUCUCAAUGUAUGCCGUUACUCUUUCAUCAUCUCUGUAUCUUCUUGGGAAAUAUUCUUUGGCAGUUUCAGUAGCAGCAGCUGGAGUGAUUCUUGGAUGGCCUUUCUCCAUUUUAGUUGUUUUUCCAGUUACCAUAUAUUCUCUAAUUAAUGGAAGACUGAAGGUUUUCCUUUCAGGGCUUGUGACUUCUGCGUUCAUUCUAGGACUCUCGAUACUAGUUGAUUACUAUUGCUAUGGAAGAUGGACAUCUUCAGUAUUUAAUCUUUUGCACUAUAAUGUGCUAGGAGGUGGAGAAAGCCAUUUGUAUGGAACAGAAGGGCCCUUAUUUUAUUUGAGGAAUGGAUUCAACAAUUUCAAUCUCUGCUUUGUUCUUGCGCUCCUCUUCUUGCUGUUCUUAAAAAUCUCAAGAAAGAAAUAUGCUCCAGAUCUUCUAAUUGUAGUUUCUCCAAUAUACAUUUGGUUGGCUUUUAUGUCGUUGCAGGCCCACAAAGAAGAACGGUUUCUUUAUCCAAUAUAUCCACUUAUCUGUGUUGCAGCUGCUGCUGUUAUUGAGAGUUUUCCUGAUUUAUUCCAAGACAAGUAUGCAGUUGAUGAUAGUAUCAUCGUUAAGAUUGCUAAAGUUUUCAGGCCUAUCAUUCUUGGCCUUAUACUUUGUGUUUCACAUAGCCGAACUUUCUCAUUAUUACAUGGGUAUUCUGCGCCGAUGGAGAUUUACAAACAUUUAGAUUAUUAUGAAGAUGCUGGAAAUGGAUCAGUUCUUUGUGUUGGAAGCGAAUGGCACCGUUAUCCUUCUUCUUUCUUUGUACCCUCUUAUGUUGGUGAAAUUCGAUGGGUAGAUGAUGGGUUUCGAGGGCUUCUUCCAUUACCUUUCAAUUCCACUCUGGGAGGCACUGCUUCAGCCCCAACUUAUUUCAACAAUAAAAACAAGGCUGCCGAGGCACAAUAUCUGCGGAACAUUGAUGCAUGCACAUUCUUUGUGGAGCUUGACUUGAAAAGGCCCUAUCCAUCCCGUGGAGCUGACUUAUCGACAUGGGAGACUGUCGCGGCCAUCCCUUUUCUGGACAGGGAGCUGUCGCCCACUGUUCACCGCUCAUUCUUCAUCCCUUUUCUAUGGCAACAAAGAAAUGUAUUUGGCACUUACAAAUUACUGAAAAGAAUACCAAAGAGUAGUUCAGAACAGUAGCAAUUACAAUCUGGUUGGUGUUCAUACUUCAGAAUACAAACAUGAUGAAUUACAACUAGAAUUCCUCCACUGUUAUUUCGCCUUUUGGUUUGCUUGGGGAGUAAUGCGGCUGUUGUAGUCAUGCAUGUGAAAUUAUGUUCUUAUAUAUCUGAUUCAGUGUCAGUUGAAAGUAUGCUGCUGUAUGGCAUUGUGACUAUACCCUCAAAUUGUGACUGAUAUCAUUAUGCAAAUCUGACUUUUAGGGUUGCUUUUUGGAAGUGUGUUUUGGCUUCUUGU